UCAAAAAACCGUUUGAAAAUGAUUGGUGAAUUUUGCGUGCAAUGAAAUUUUCGUGUGCCAUGCUUUAUAAUAUUCUCAAUAGUGAUUUAAAAUAAAAAAAAAAGUUUUGACAAGACCACCGCAUUUUACAAUUAAUAAGGACGCUAAUUAAAAGUGAAAUCAUGUUUCGAACAAAAUUGGACGUUGAUCGCCACGUUCAAGAUGUAUUUCGGAAAUUAAAAGAUGAAAGCGAGAGAAAUCUUCGCUGCUACAAUAUUGCCAAAUUGUAUUUCCAAGUUGGAGAUUAUGAAUCUGCAAAACGAUAUGUCUCAAGUUAUUUGGAAGUACGGACAGAGUCAGCGGGAGCACACAAACUUCUUGGUCAAAUUCUUGAAGCUCUUGGACAUAAGGAAGAGGCUCUUUCUCAAUAUAAAAUUUCUCUAGAACUUGAGAGCAGACAAGAGGACCUAGUACUAAAAGUUUGUGAGUUGCUUGCUGAUAUGGAUGUUGGAGUAGAUGUUAACAGAGCCAGAUAUUGGGUCGAAAGAGCUGACAAACAAUUUCCUCAUCAUCCUGUAGUUUUUCAAUUAAAAGAAAAAUUACUAACACUGGACAAACCUAAUAAUGACGGAGAAGAUCUAAAAGCAUUAAUAUCAUCUGAAUUAUCGGUGCGACCAAAAGAUGUACAAUUACGUGUGAAAUUAUUGAAACAUUACAUGGAAAAAAAUAAACUUGACGAAGCGUAUAAACAUGCGUUUGAAGUUGAAACAACUCAACUUCACCGAGAUGAUGUCUCUUGGUAUCAAGUUUUAUGUGAUUUAUUAACAAAAUGUAAAACUCCCAGAAAGCACGACUGGUCGUUUUGGGUAUUUUAUAUUUCCUCAUUGGAGAGAUUUGUUGCUCUAACACUCAAAGAGCAGGGCAGCAUUUUAAAGAAAUCUAUAUCUGAAGCUACUCAGGCUUUAUUCAAUUUUGAUCAAUCUUUAUAUGAGGCAAAAGCACAAAAUUUUUCAACAAAUCCCAUUUUUAUGGAGAACAUGUUUACACAUAUGUGGGGACAAUUGCAUUUUCACGUGGCAUGUUUAAUUUUACGUAAAACAAAACGUGAACAGGGAAGUUGGAGUGAAGCGGGACGUUUAUGUGCACCACUUUUUCUCACUGCAUUACAUGUUACACCAAUUGAUUCCACUUCACCAUGGGCCGUACAUUUAAAAAAUGACAGUAAAAAUCAAGUUCAUUUAUGGUAUAAAGAUGGUUCAUAUCGAUGUAGUCAAUCUGGUCAUGUACUUCAAGAUUAUGCACGCGAUGAACCAAAUCGUUUAUUGGAGAAAAUUGAUAAAUUUUCAACAGGCACAUGGAGAGAACGAAUAUUUCAAAGAAUUUUUAUCAGUCGACUACAUUCAGAGAAUAAAACAUCUUAUUUUACAACUCAUAAAGUGGCAAAUUCUCCAUUAAGACUUUGUUCACAAAAUGAGCUUAAAAAAUAUGACGAAAUAUCCGAAGAAGUAUGGCCAGCAUCGUUACAUCAUCAAAUUUGGCUUGGUUUAACAAAUCGUUCACGAAAUAUAGUAAAAAAAAAUUCUCAAUAUCCACAGCAGAUAUGUCAUUUAUUUCCAGAAUUACAAUUUUCAACUUAUAAUUUAAAUCAAAGUGCUCCCGAUUCAUUGUGUCGGCUUGAUAUUGAUGCAUUUUUAAAUGCUGCAAUUUUAUGUAGUUACAUUACAAUUGAAGAACAACAACGCAGUAGUUUUUUAAAUCCCGAACGAUUACCAACAUUACCCGCUGAUCUUACAAAUACAUUGUGCUCAUCAGUACAGGAGAAAUGGUGGUACAAUGCUUACAAAAUGUAUCGUAGACAAGAUAUGACAAUAAAUGAUGAUAUGGGUGAAAUUCGUCAAGAAAUACAACGUGGUUUAGAAGUUGUACGUUGCAUUGGAAAUCAUGGAUUGCAUACAAAUAUUUUAAUUCAUCUCGCAAGAAUAUUUCAUUCGCGAAUGAAGGAAUUAAUUGAUAAAAAUCCUGAACACAGUGAUAUUCCAGCGCUUGAAGCACGUUGUGAACUCUAUUGGUCAACUGCAAUUCCACUUAUUGAGAGAUUACAAAAUAAUCAAAUAAUCCGUACGAGUAACAAUAAAUUAUUUGACUAUCAAGGUAAAGAUAUGAAUCGUUCAGAAUUAACAAAAGCAAUGGAGGAGGGACAAUUAAUUCUCGUUCAAAGAUAUGUGCGAAAUAAAGAAUAUGAACGAGCAAUUGAUUCACUGCAAAUUCUCAAAUGUCCCGAAGCAUCAUUUGAACAGGGAAAAAUUUACAAACAACUCGCCGAUGAUCUUGUCAAUUGUUUAUCAAAAGAAAGUCUCACAUCGGAAACAAGAUCACAACACGGAAUUCUUUUGACAAAAGCACGUAGUUGCUUUUAUUUAACACUUGAUCGUUUAAGAAGUCCCGAAGUUGAUACAAAACAUCCUCUUAAUUCCGAACUUGUCACCUAUAUCGCAGACAUUGAGAAUGAAUUAAAAAGAAUUGAUCCCGAUAUUUCACGCAAUGGAAUAAGAAAUGAUGAUGUUUUAUCCGAGGAUAGUUAUUCAUCAGCUCACAGUAAUGAGGAAAUUCCAAUAAUAAAUACAUCAUUGGAUAAUACAGUUCAAUUUUUACACUCCUCGCAAAGAAACAAUCAUCAUCAUCAUCAUCAUCAUCGAACACCAAAACAAUCGAGUACACCCUGUCGAAUGCCACAUCAAGAUGUUCUCGAAUUAUCAAGAAAUCGUAUUGAAGCACGACCAAGUCCCGAGAGACUCGAUGCACAAUUUCGUCAACUUUUGCACAUCAAGGACAAUAUUAUUCAAACGGUAAUGGAUCAAAACAAAGCCCUCAUGGAAUCAAAUCAAAAUGUUAUGGUAAAACUCGAAGAGCUGAGAAAAGAAGUCGCUGAAUUACGUCUCGAUACACAAAAACAAAAACCACAUAAUUUAGAAGAGGAUCUUUAUUUUCUCAAUGACGAGGACUACGGGGAGUAUAAUUAUCAAAAUCAAAAUACCCAACAGCAAACAACAUCAAUGACUAAUAAUAUUUUUGCUCAAUCACAACGACAUCCCUAUCAAAAUAUUGUCUAUCCACCGGCAACAUUACAGGGACAAGCAAUUGGCUAUUAUCAAGGUGCAUUGCCAUUCAACGAUCCUAAUCUUCAUUCAUCACUUUAUGCAGCAAAUGUCUAUCCUGUACCACCGCAAAUAUAUCCCCGUUUACCUGUUGAAAAUCCAUUGAAUCAAAUUCCAAAAAUACCCGACAGUAUUCUUCAGCAGGCUCUAUUUCCCCAGGCGCAAGUUGCCAAUCAACAUUUACCCCUUCAACAACCGAUAAUACAAAAAAUUGAAUCAAAAGAAAUUGUAAAAAAUAUUCCAGUUAAUAAAGCACCGCCUGUUAAUGUUGUUAUAACAUCAUCUGAUACACUACCAACGACAGUACCAUCAGUUCAACCAAUAAUGAGUGUCACAAUUCCACCACAACAUCGUUUAGGAACAAUACCAACAUCACAAAUUUCUACAACACCACAUAGUUAUCAAAUUUCAAUGCCAUUGCAAGCGACAAUUCCCACAACUGUUAAUCUUCCGCCAUUGGCCGCAACACUAACUAUCACAUCGCCAAUGAAUAAAUCCAUUGAAGCUGCCAAUCAAUCGUCAACGUCGCUUAAUAAUUCACAAGAACAUUCCAUUGAAAUUGAACACGAUCCAAUACCCGAUUUUAUGCCAAUUAUUCCAUUACCCGAGGAGGUUGUUGUCACAACCGGUGAGGAAAAUGAAACCACAUUAUUUAGCGCUAGAGCAAAAUUAUUCCGUUUUGUCGAUAAAGAAUGGAAAGAGCGUGGUAUUGGUAAAGUGAAAUUAUUAAAAAAUAACGAAGGCAAAGUACGUCUUUUAAUGCGUCGUGAACAAGUACAUAAAAUAUGUGCAAAUCACAUGUUAACAAAGGAUAUGGAAUUAUCAUCAAUGCCAAGUAAUAAUAAAGCAUGGAUUUGGGUGGCUAAUGAUUUUGCCGAUGAGGAAGUUAGAUUGGAGAAAUUGUGUAUUCGAUUUAAAACUGAAGAAGAGGCACAAUUGUUUAAGGUGAAUUUUGAUAAUGCAAUUGUAUCGUUACCGGAAUCGCCUGCAAAGGGAAAGAAAGAAAAUAAAGAGAUAAUUGAACAGAAGGAAAUGAAAAAUAUUGAUACGUCGGUUAUUAAAGUUGGUGGUUUGUCAUUUAGUUCGGAGCCAGUUGUUGUGAAAAAAAUUGUCGACGAUAAGGAGAAGAAAAUUCAAAAAGAAGAAACACCGAAAGUUAAUCCAUUUGCACAAUUUUCAUUUGGUAAUAGUGGUUUUAGUUCACCGAGUACGACAUUGUCGCAAACACUUGGUGGUAUUACGUUUGUUAAAGGCGCUGAUAAUACUACUCCUGCUACUGCUACUGUUGAUAAUCAGGCAGAAUCUCCACAAACUGGAACUAUAUUUGGAGGUGCUAAGACUAUCAGAUUUCCAAAUACAUCUGCAACUAGUAGUCCUGCAGCUAAUACUGUUGAAGAUGCAAAUCUAUCAAAAGGAACUGAUGAAGCAAAUAUCGCUGAUGGUGAAAUGUCUGUAUUCACACAAAAAGCUAGUCUUAUGCAUUUGAAUAAUAGCAGUAACACUUGGGAAGAUAAGGGAUCAGGUCAAAUAAACUUAUUAUUCAAUAUGAAUACAAUUAAAUUGCGUUUCUUAAUGCUCAAUGCAAAUAAUACAAAAGUUUGCUGCAAUCAACAAAUAUCAAGCGACAUGAAAUUCUCCUUUAGAGCAACUAGUGACACAGUAAUUACUUGGGUAAUUCCAAAUGAAAAAACUAAGAAACCAGAUUCAUUCGCCGUAACAUUUAAAUCUCAUAAAUUGGCGCAAAAAUUUUUGGAAUCAGUUCAAAGUUAUCAGCAAUCGUUGGAUAAAAAUUCAAAACACGCGAGUGAAACAGUUGAAAAAAAUAAACCAGUUGAUAAAUCGAAAGAAUCACUAUCAACUUUAUUCAAACCAAGUGCUGGUAGUUGGGAGUGUAAAAUGUGUUACAUUAGAAAUAAUGCAGAUAAAACAACGUGUAUUGCUUGUGAUACACCGGCUAUUGAGAAAAAAGAUUCAAAAGAUUCACUCUCAAAUUUAUUUAAACCAGCAGCUGAUAGUUGGGAAUGUAAAAUGUGUUACGUUCGAAAUAAUGCCGAUCAAACAAAAUGUGUCGCUUGUAAUUCACCGGCUGUUGUUGAGAAAAAAUUAGAAACAAAAAUCACUUCACCACCAGUUGUACAAACACAAAUUGCUAGCGGACAAAAAUCACUUUCGGAAUUAUUUAAACCCGCCGUUGGAUCAUGGACAUGUCAAGGAUGUUAUAUGGUUAAUAAAAGUAAUGAUCAAUAUUGUCCAGCGUGUGAUUCACCGAAAGAUUCAUCAAUUCCACCAAAACCAAAGACAAGUAUUUUUGGUACAAAUUCUGAUAAUUCGACUCCAAGUCCAUUUUCUUUUGGAUUGCCACAAACAAAUAAGGAACCUGCAGUCAAUUCUCCUGCAAUCAGUUCACCUGCAUCGAGUGCAUUUUCAUUUUCUACAUUGAGUACCAAUAAACCUAAAGGUGCCGGUGAUGCUGUCAAUUCAACAAUAUCAACAAUAUUUGGUGGUGCAAAAAAAUCUGAACCAAUAAGUACAAAUUUCACUUUUGGUAUUCCACAACGUCCAACAACACCGCCAACAACAACAACAGAGAAAGCCUAUGUUUUUGGUUCGCCAGGAAAAUCAUUUGACUUUCAAUUUAGUGCAAAACCAAAUGUUAAAUCACCAGGUGGUGUCGGUGCUGGUGGUGAGACAAGUGAAGAUGAAGUUGUUGAAAGUGAUGACAUUUAUUUUGCGCCAGUAAUUCCAUUACCUGAAAAAGUUGACGUAAUAACUGGCGAGGAAAAUGAGGAAAUAAUUUACAGUCAUCGUGCAAAACUCUUUAGAUUCGAUACAAAUACCAAAGAAUGGAAAGAGCGUGGCAUUGGCGAUAUUAAAUUAUUAAAGCACAAUGAAACAAAAAAAUUACGUUUAAUAAUGAGACGUGAUCAAAUAUUAAAACUUUGUUUAAAUCAUGCAUUAACAUCAGACAUUGACAUCACUGUGAGAGAUGAAAAAACAUGGACAUGGUCGGCCGCUGAUUACAGUGAAGGUGAAAUUGAAUAUUCACAAUUUGCCUGUCGUUUCAAAACACCAGAAAUUGCCAAAGAAUUUAAAACAUCAAUAGACAAUGCAUUGAAGGGUGAAAAAAAUUUAAACAAUCAAUCGACAAUAAAAACAAUUAAACCACAAACAAAUGAUAUUGAAAUUAUUUACGAAUUGAAAGUAUCGCAACAAGAAAAAGAAGAGGCACAAAAAUUAAAAUUACCCGAGAAUUUCUAUUCUUAUAAAUAUAAAGAUGAUUGUCCCGGUUGUAUUGGUUGUCGUGAACCAGAGAUACCUUUAUUCGUUAAUAAAUCAAUUGACUCAAGUCCAAUAAAAGCACUUGAUUUCAGUAAAGCGGAACAAAAUCAAAAAACAACGGAAAAAAUUAAUCUCUUUAGUUUCUCAGGAUCGAUAAAUAAGGCAAGUAGCGGAUUUUUUGGUAAUCUAUCGACAACUACUUCUGGUAAAGUAGAAAGUCCAACGAUUGUUGAGAAAGCGUCAGCGAAUUUAGUGUUUGGUGCACCAUCGACAAUUGAAAAGAAAAAUGAUGAUUCAUUGCAAAAAACAUUAUUGGAGAAACAAAAUAUCUGUAGUCCUUCAACUAAACUUCCAACGUCAACAGCUGCGGCAACAUUUAGUUUUGCAAAUAGUUCAAAUACAAAUGCUAAUCCAAUUUUUGGCUCAAAACCAUUUACUGGCUCAAUAUUUGGUGGUAAUAGUUUUACUCCUUCGCAGAAAACUACAACCCCAUUGGGUUCAUUAAAUACUGAUGAGACUGUAGCGCAAAGUAAAACAUUAUUUUCGGGAUUUUCACAAAAUGCAACAACAACAACAACAACAACAACAACAGCAGCAGCGUCGACAAUAUUUGGAAAUACAACAGUGGCAGCAACAACACCAACAACACCGAGUGUUUUUGGAAAUGCAACGACUACAACAACGUCAAUAUUUGGAAAUACAGGAACAACAACGCCAGUAUUUGGAAAUGCGGCUACCUCAUCGCUUUCGUUUUCUACUUUAAAAAAUGCGCCAACUUCUGGUGCAACUCCAGUUCGUGGAUUUGGUGGUACACCAAUACUUGGUGGCUUUGGAUCCGGUACGAAUAAUAGUAUUUUUGGUAGUAAACAAGCGGACAGUACAUUUGGCGCAAAGAAAACUGAUGAUGCUUCAUCAGAGAAAGUUAAUUUCCUUCCAACGGAUAAUGCGGUUUCUUUCUCGGCACUUGCUGCUCAAAGUGAUCAAAAUGCAUUCAAAAAAGAUCCAAAUUUCGCAUUUGAAGGAGCUGGUUCCUCAGUAUUUGGCGCAAAAUUCCAAAAUACUAGCAGUACAUUAAAUACAUCGAAGAAUAAUUCCAAGCAAUUCGAACAAGAUGAAAAUGACAAUGAGGAUGAAGCAGGUGAAAAUGAGCAAGAACAUGAUCCUCAUUUUGAACCCAUCAUUCCUCUGCCUGAUGCUAUUGAAGUGCGAACAGGAGAAGAAGACGAAGAAAAAAUGUUCUGUCAGAGAGCAAAAUUGUACAGAUUCGAUUCAAAUACAAAAGAAUGGAAGGAGAGAGGUGUUGGUGAAAUGAAAAUUCUUCAUCAUAUUGAAGGUGGGACUUAUAGAAUUUUAUUACGUCGUGAGCAGGUACACAAAAUUGUUUGUAAUAUGUUAUUAAAUGCUGAUUUGGACUUUGAGCCAUUGCAAACAUCAGAUAGAGCAUGGAUUUGGGCUGGAAUGAAUUAUUAUGAUGGUGAAGCAAAUCUUGAAAAAUUGGCUGUGAGAUUUAAAAAUCCAGAAUUGGCAUCACAAUUUAAAGAAACAAUCGACAAGGCUCAACAGGAUCUUCGUGAAAGACCAAGCAUCAAGCAAGUAAAAGAAAAUGUCAGUGAUUCGACUGAUCAGGAAAAAUACGAUCAAGAUGAGGAUGAUGAUGAUUACGUGGAUGAAGGAGAUGAGGAGGAAGAUUUUGAUGGUGAGGAAGUGGAGGAAGAGGAAGUCUCUUAUAUGUUUGAAAAAAGAGCCACACUAUUGGCACAAAAUAAUGAUCAAACGUGGACAAAUCUUGGAAUGGGUUAUUUGAAAAUGUUUUAUGAUUCGGAAAUUUUUGGCGCUCGUAUUAUUAUGGAGGCUGAUAAUACUGGUGAAAUUGUCAGUAACACCAUUAUCAGUAUUGAUACUUCUAUGCAGGUCGUUGGAAAGGAGUGUAUGUGGACAGCUUACGAUUAUGCAUUGAAUCCUCCGAAGAGACGAUUAUUAAAAGCCGUUUUUUCAUCUCAUCAAGGCGCAGAAGAAAUGUACAUGAACUUCGAUGAUGGUCAAGAAUAUGCGAAAGGAGCCGAAUUAACGGAUCAGCCAGAAAUUUACAUUCCGGACGAUGAAUAAAAAAAAAAAAAAAAAAUAGAUAUGGCAUACGAUAAUUAAUUAUGAAACUUUUGUGAUGAAACAUAUUACGUAGUUGAUUAUUUAUGAGUAAGUUUAAUAAUUUUUAAUGUAUAGAUAAUUUUACUUCUCUUACAAUUGAUUUACUUUAUACAUUAUGCCUGUAAUUUUUGUUUCUCUCAAUUCUAAUUUUUAUCAUAAAAACAAAAAAAAUCCUCAGGAAACUUAAUUAUUGUGAUUAAUCAUAGCUUUUCAUUAAUAAAUGAAGGGCUCAAAAAAAAAAAAAUUAUCUAUUAUAUCGGCAAUAAUAAUAAUAAAAAAAAAGAAAAAAAUAUUCUUUUUUUUCGUGAGAAGACGAUCGCCAAAAUAAUAAUAAAAAAAAACUAUUUCAUUCAUUGGCCCGUGAUAAUUGUGUUUAAAUUUGAUUAAAUUUUAUUUAUAAUAAUA